CUGGUCCAUGUACCUAUACUCAUAAUCUAUAUAAUUACAGACUGGUAUGACUGGAAUUUCGUGCUGCCAGGACACGCCGAUUAUGGUGGAAAAUUCAAAUUCCUGACAUUCUGGGACACUUGUCUACAGACUAUAUAUUUUGCUUUAUCUGUUCUGAAUGACCUCAUCGGCAGUAAUGUCUCUGUUGGUGACAAACAGAAGAAAACAGUAUUACAGAAAAUCAGGGAUUGCUUUCAUAGCACCAUUAUAUUCCCCACUGGCGCCUUUGUGGUGCUGUCCUUCUGGGCUAUCUAUGCAGUAGAUAGAGAACUGAUCUAUCCCAGAGAACUAGAUAAAAUCAUUCCUAGCUGGGUCAACCAUGUACAGCAUACCACCGUAUUACCAUUUUUAAUCUUAGAAAAGAUUCUGAUACACCAUCAAUACCCCAGUAAAGUUAAAGGUAUAACAGUAAUUCUGGCAUUUGCUGCAGCAUAUUUAAUUUGGAUCUUAUGGAUUGCCUAUGUGGCUGAUUUAUGGGUGUACCCAGUUCUAAAAGUCCUAGACCCAGCACAGAAAGCAGUUUUCAUCUUCUUCCUGUUCUUAUUGUUCAUAUCCCUCUACCUAAUUGGAGAGUCUUUGACUAAAUUUAUUUGGUGUAAG